UGUACCUAUAUAAUGUUGGAAAAAAUUAGAUACAUUCAGUUUUACCAAAUCAACAAACAUCUUGUUGCUAUGUGCUUAUAAGUGUUUGGAAAAUGUAUUAUUAGUUUCUGUGUCACAGUUAUUACCAAUCACUAUUAAUUUGUUACGUCUUGCGAACAUUACGAAUACAUUUAUCUACUUAUGUCUAAAAGUUAAAUCGUUUUUUCAUAUUAUAAUCUGUUUAUUCAACGUUCGUCAUAAAACCACCAUGUCAAAUAAAGCAACACAAGACAGUAGUUCAUCUGUUAACCAGAAACUCUCCGAGAACGAAAUUAUGCAAAUGGUUUUUAUUGAUCUUCGGUCAAAUAGACCGAAACCGUUAGAUGGUUGCGAUUUCAACAGCUUGCCGGUUCACAGACGGUUUAUAUCUUUACCUAACAUGGCCGUGUGGACAAAUCCUGCAGCCAAAGUGAGUUUGGAUGGAAAUCAAUGCCAAAUAUAACUAUAACUGUGGACAAUUUCCAGGAAAGUAAACAGAAAUCGUCAGAAAUCGGUGAUCUUCCUAGUUUGCUGGUGCACGAAAGGGCUGUGUCGUGUCCUAAUAUGGCCCUGCUGAAAAAUUCCGCAGCUGAAGCACUAGAGACCGGGUGCAAGUCUACGGCCAAUAUAAUACUGCCGGUUAAUACAAUUGUCGACGAUAUCCGGGAAAAUGGACAAAAACCUUCGGAAAACUGCGAUUUCCAUGGUCUGCCGGUGAACUGCAAGAGAUCUGUGUCAUUUCCCAAUAUGGCAGUAGGUGCAAAUUCUAGUGGCGAUGCACCUGAAAUUGGAUUGCCGCGGUUAGUUACGUCCGCGGAGUUGCCUGCAGUUAUCAUCGAUUCACCGUGUACCGGAUCGUCCAUUAGCACAUUGAUGACACUAGACGCCCCUGUAGAAGAUAGCAGGAUCGAGACGUCGUUAUCUGUAGUCUCGUCAUCUUUGCUACGGUUAAAAAAAAUAGAAGCCGACAUGCAGCUUAUAGUAACGGAUACGGUAACCUGCGUUGGCCGUAGCGAUGAGGGGACGGUAACCGCAGUCACACCUAGACGUCCGCGCCGUUCAGUGUGGAGCCGGACUAAGAAAUUUGUGAGGCGAAUGUUCUGUUGUGGUGCGAUGGACCACGCAGACGUAUAGAUGAGUUUAUAUGGUUAUAUUACAAUUAUUUGGGCACCGGAUCUUAGACGUCCCCUCCCCCACAGUUAAAGAGCUUGUGUCGACGCGUUCGUAACGAGUACGCAACGCACUUUCUUCUAGUACCUAUAAUAAGUCGCACCUUUUCACUAUGUUGUAUCCAGCCGGACACGUGUUGUGUUCACCGGACGCCCGGACAAACCGCCUGAAUUGGUUUACGUCCGCCAUGUCGAGUGUUUGUACCGAGUUAGGGCAGGUUUUCCGAGUGUGGUAUUAAAAUUAUUUGCUGUGCGGCCGCCGGCUCUUCGCCGUGAGUUUUGUUUUCCACGUCACGGUCGUCUGCAUAAAAUUCACUUUGCUUUUUGGUCGUAAUGGUGUAUCCGACCAAUAAUCCGACCAUUCACAAAAUAGUGAAAUGUUUAACUAAACUUAUUACUACAAAAAAUUGCGGUGCAAACUGCGGACGACACGAGAGGAGGGGGGGAGGGGACAUCUAAACCCGGUGUCUAAAUAGUCAUAAUAUAAUAACCAUAUAAACUGUAUCACUCCGUCCCGAUCGUUUGUUUCAUAGAUCCGCUGUGGUGAUCACUGAUGUAUAUUAGCGGUUACUGAUGCCCUCGGCUAGCAAAUUUUUCAUCUAUAAGUUAUAUAUUUGAUAUAUAUAACGAUAUGAGUUGAAGUUGGUGUAAUCUAAUUUUAACCCCAAACAGGGGGGAUGUUUUGUAAAAAUGUAUACCUAUCUAAAUUAUAAUUAUAAAUUAUGGCUAUGCUACUGU